UCUGUCCCCUACGUGGGACCAGACCACAGACACUUAAUUUAUACAAGAAAGCUGUAACGGUAGAGGGAGAGAGCAGAGCACCGUAGUUUAAUCUUUGAUCUUUCCACUUUCCUUUUUCCUCGGCGGAGAGAAAGAGAGGGAUACUGGGGUUUGAGUUGAAUUGAUAUAUCAAUGGGGAGCAUCUGCAUCUCCUCUGAAGAUGAGUUGAGUCAGAGGUUCGAGAGCUACAGCUUGAGUGCAGACGUCAGUGAGUCCGAAAGCUCCACCAGUGACUUUUCCUGUCGGCACGAAGCUCCUGCUGCUGCUUCCACUUCUUUGACUUCUUCCCCUCCAUCCGGACCCGACUUCGCUGACAUUUUUGUUUGUCAGCAACAGCCGCCUAUACCCUUUUUGUUUCCGGCGGUCGGUGGACGACAUGUCGUCAUUCCGGCGACCAAGGCUGAGAAACCUGAGACCAAGUUUUCCGAAGUUGAAUUGAUGAAGGAGCGGUUUGCAAAGCUUCUGCUUGGAGAAGACAUGUCAGGUGGAGGCAAGGGAGUCUGUACGGCUCUUGCUAUUUCCAAUGCCAUCACAAAUCUUUCCGCCACUGUGUUUGGGGAGUUGUGGAAGUUGGAGCCAUUGGCACCCCAGAAGAAGGCAAUGUGGUGCCGGGAGAUGGAUUGGCUUUUGUGUGUAAGUGAUUCUAUUGUUGAGCUCAUACCAUCAAUACAAGAAUUCCCUGGUGGUGGAACCUUCGAGGUUAUGGUCACUCGGCCCCGCUCUGAUCUAUAUAUAAACCUGCCGGCACUCAAGAAACUAGAUGCGAUGCUGCUUAGCAUUCUUGACGGAUUCCAUGAUUCUCAGUUUUACUAUGUUGACCGAGGUAUAAUUGUUGCUGAUUCUGAUGAUGGUGAAACAAUUCCCCUGUCUUCCUCUUCCAAUAGACCUUCAAUCAGGCAAGAAGAGAAGUGGUGGCUCCCAUUCCCGAAGGUCCCCCUAAAUGGUCUCUCUGAGAAUGCGAGGAAGACAUUGCAACAGUGUAGGGAAUGCACAAAUCAGAUCCUUAAGGCUGCAAUGGCGAUUAAUAGUAGUGUGCUGGCUGAAAUGGAAAUCCCUGAAGCUUAUUUGGAGAGUUUGCCCAAGAGUGCAAAAGCUUGUUUAGGCGAAAUCAUUUACCGUUUUAUAGCUGCUGAUCGGUUCUCCCCAGAAUGUCUUCUUGAUUACUUGGACCUCUCAUCAGAAUACACCACUCUGGAAAUAGCAAACCGGAUUGAGGCUGCUGCGCACAUUUGGAAGCAGAAACACCUGAAAUGCCAUCCAACUCUUGUGAAUACUGGAAAGUCAUCCUGGGGAGGAAAGGUUAAAGGCUUUGUCAGUGACACAGAAAAAAACAAGCUUCUAGCGCAUCGGGCUGAUACCCUCUUACAGAACCUAAGGAUACGGUUCCCUGGCCUCCCGCAGACCGCUCUGGACAUGAACAAGAUUCAGUACAACAAGGAUGUGGGGCAAUCAGUCCUUGAGAGCUAUUCCAGGGUGAUGGAGAGCUUGGCGUUCAACAUAAUGGCAAGGAUUGAUGAUCUGCUAUAUGUAGAUGAUGCCACGAAACAACGGGCAGCUGCAGAGUCUGUCUCUCCGUAUGAGCAGGGAAGGUUUGGUGGUGCUAUGCCAAAACAGAAGAGGAUAUCACCCAGUCCAUUCUCAGUUCACCAUACUUCAAUUGCAUCGCAAGCGUUGGAUCAUAUCAAUCAGACAACUAGAAGCCCUGGUGGAAGGACGCAUAAACCAAUAAAGAAGACUAGUUUUAGUGACGCGUUGGAUGACAAGUUAGAAAAAUUAACUUUCUGAUGAUCUCGAAGUAACUAAUGUUGGCCAACUUCUCUGUCACGGUAUGUACUAUGUAGCUAAUUAAAAGAUGGUUUGCUCAACCACCUGAUGGAUGGGCAAUAUAUAUAAUGGAUGAUAUGUUGGUCUUUUCGCUCUAUGAUCCAAUAACAUAGCCACAGAAUCCGAUGCUGUUUGCAUUGGUCCA